CCCCGAAAAACAACCAAAAGAUCAAUCGACCGUCUACCCUUGAUUAAUAUUUAAUUUACACUUCACAAUGGUCGCGAUAACCGUCCCUGACAACUACGGCGCCGUUAUUGGCGUCGCGCUUGGAGCUAUCCCUGUGCUCAGCUUUCUCCAUGGAAUGGUUGUGUCGGGUCUUCGCCAGGAAGCUAAAGUUCCCUACCCUCACAGCUAUGCGACUGUCGAACAGUGCAAAUCGAAUGCUAAAGCGGAACAAUUCAACUGCGCCCAGCGCGCGCACACCAACUUCCUCGAAAAUGCUCCCCAGACCAUGCUCUUUACUCUUGUUGCAGGUCUGAAAUACCCUCAGCUGGCUACCGCUCUUGGCGCCGGCUGGCUCGUAGCUCGCUCGCUUUUCUUGUACGGCUACGUGUACUCGGGCAAGCCGCAGGGUAAGGGAAGGUUCCUUGGAGGAUUUUUCUGGCUCGUGCAGGGCGCUCUGUGGGGGCUGAGUGUAUUCGGCGUUGGGAGGGAUCUAAUUUCUUUCUAAACACCAACUAUUUGUAAGUGACUGUAUCAUUGCGGUUUUGGACAAUACUGCCUCGUUGUAAAAUAAUCCUCUGAAUUUGCCAUUGAGAUCGUGAGAAACACUAGUAAACAUUUUUAAAAUCUUAGGAAGACAGGGCUCACUAUAAUCUUGAUGACUUGUCGAAGUUAUCUCCAUCGUCACUCUAAAAAAUGAUUAUUACCACACAUAGUCUACCUUUUUAUCGAUUCCUCCACUGAUAGAUUAUUUAGAUCGUGUCACAUCUCUAAAACUAGUGAUAUGUUCAAGAUAUCCGGGUUUGCAUCGAAGUGUCCUCUUUCUAUGCCCCUAUAAUCUGAGCCACCGCGGACUUAAAUGGCUUAGGGCUUGAUAACGGAGACGUAAGGUAGCUCUCGAGGCAAUAAGCAGCAAGUUUGAUCGCUAAGCCUCCUCUUGGAACACUCAAGGGAUAAGUGCGAUAGUGCUACCUAUAGGUGGUCUCUCUGCACAAAAGACUACGGACAUCAGGGCUCGUCAUGUCUAGUACAAGGCAAUAGUAAGCUAUAUUCAGUUAGCGCUACAGUCCCGAUCUAAACAUUUAUUGACAGAAAGUAGCAGGGGAUUCAUCCAAUCCGGUAAAGGAUCAGGGUACCCUAGUCAGUUUCUUUAUAUAUAUAAACGCUACCGCAGCUACUAAAGCAAUCCACUU